CCUCUGUGGCUGGGCUGGGGACAAGCGUGAGGGCUCCAGGUACAGGACUCCCGAAGUCAAGGGUUUCAGGUCACGUUGGUGAAUCAUUCUGCAAGCAGACGCCACAGGUCUCUUCUCUGACUGGGCAGCACGCAAGGUCAGCGUCAGCAGAUCUGACCCUAAAAAUAGGCUCUCGGAUGCCAGUCGAGGCGGCUGGGUGUGCGGCUGCCACACGCCCCACGGACCAGCACCUCCUGACCCGGCCAGGCCCCAGCACGCACAGCUGCAGAAAGGAAAGCAAAUCCCUGGGCUCCAAGAUGACAUCCGGAGAACCGAAGACGAGCCUCAAGAAUGCCUACCCAUCUGCCAGGAGGCUGCUGCAGAAGGCAGAGGAGGGGGAGGCGGAAGACUACUGUACCCCCGGAGCCUUCGAGCUGGAGCGUCUCUUCUGGAAGGGCAGUCCUCAGUACACCCACGUCAAUGAGGUCUGGCCCAAGCUGUACAUCGGUGAUGAGGCUACGGCGCUGGACCGCUAUGGGCUGCAGAAGGCGGGCUUCACGCACGUGCUGAACGCGGCCCACGGCCGCUGGAACGUGGACACGGGGCCCGAUUACUACCGCGACAUGGCCAUCGAGUACCACGGCGUCGAGGCCGACGACCUGCCCACCUUCGACCUCAGCAUCUUCUUCUACCCAGCGGCCGCUUUUAUCGACGCUGCGCUCCGCUACGAUCACAAUAAGAUCCUGGUUCACUGCGCCAUGGGCCGCAGCCGGUCGGCGACCCUGGUCCUGGCCUACCUGAUGAUCCACAGGAACAUGACCCUGGUGGACGCCAUUCAACAAGUGGCCAAGAACCGCUGUGUCCUACCCAACCGGGGCUUUCUGAAGCAGCUCCGGGAACUGGACAAGCAGCUGGUGCAGCAGAGGCGACAGGCCCGGAGCAGUGACGACGGUGAGAAGGACAGUGAGAAGGAGCUGUAGGGCCCCACAUGGAGCCUGCAGACACUGGGAAUGCAGAGAGAAGGCUG